CUUCCCAAUCGGUCCGGUCUCCAUCGCCUUCACCCGAAUUUCGGAUUUUGUCCUAACGCGGUUACUUCGUGCCGGCACCUCUGCCAUAGAUAGCGACACUUUCAAAGAAGAGAGAGAGAGAAACCUUACCGUCAUUUUUUAUGCAAAAUACAAAGUUUUUGUCUUCUUUUCAAUGCUUCAUCUCUGCUCUUACGACUUGUAUUUUUAACCGCAAUCACCGCCGUAUUAAGCGGGAAAAAUAUCGAGAAAAAAAAUUUGUCCUGUUUUAUUCUCUCCGCUUUAAGCUUCAUUUCGCUCUCGCGCAAUCGCAGAACAGCUCGGCACGUUGUCGACAUUGCCUGUGAGUGAGUUAAAGCGAUUCGGGGCAGCAAUUUACUGGGUUUUUUGUGUUUCAGGAAGUUUUGACUGUUCUGACUGGUGUAGAGGCGUAUGAUUUUGUCUGAUGGAAGCUGGUGAGGUUCUGUGAGCUGAAAAUCUUCGCUUGUCUGGCUGAGAACAUUGUUAAAGAGGCAUGCUCAUUUAGUUUUGGUUUCAAUCCUGUGAUUCUCUUGUUCAGUUAAGGUGAAAGUUGGAAUCUUUAUUGUGUUUUUUUGGGAAUUUAAGGUGUGAAUUACUGGAAGUCCAGAUUAAGAUUAGUUUGGUUGUGACUUGUGACUUGUGAUUACUCAUCACCAUCUAGGCUGAUUGUUAUGGCUCAGUCAAAUUCUAAGCCGCCCAUUGGGCAGAAUUUUGGUUUUGGAGCUUCUCAUGCUAGGUCAUUAUCUCAGCCGCACUUUUUUGCAAACAAUUGCUUGCCGCCGCUAAGCCCUUUUCCUCAUGGUGAGUCAUCAAUGCCACCGACAAACUCUGGCAUGAAGGAUGUACAAAUGGAUGAAGUAGAUGUGAAUUCGAGAGGUGCACCUAUUGCUUCUGUCGUGAAAGAGAAUGUUUUCCGAGGUAGUGACAGUCUACCACCUCGUAAAGGACAUCGUCGCUCUAACAGUGAUGUUCCAAUGGGAUUCUCCGCUAUGAUUCAAUCUUCUCCUCAAUUAAUGCCCAUAAGCGGUCACGGGGUGUUUGGCAAAUCAGAAUAUGGCGGAGAUUUUUUGGGAAGGGAAAAGCCUAUCUGUCUGCAGAAACGGGAAAUUGAUGUGAGUAGUGAUAGGAAAUCGGAGGGAGAGGUUAUUGAUGAGUUAUUCUCUUCAUACAUGAAUUUGGAUAAUAUGGAAACAUUCAACUCUUCUGGGACUGAUGACAAAGACAAGGACAGCAUGGUCAGUGGCACCAAGAUGAGUGGCGGUGACAGUGGUAAUGAAGUAGAAAGUGUCUCUAAAGGAAAAGGUACCCAAAUCCAUAUAACAGGUUCAAGAGAAGGAGUCAAAAGAUGCGCUGCUGGAGAUAUUGCUCCAACUGCUAGACACUUCAGGAGUCUUUCAAUGGAUAGCGCACUUGAAAAUUUGAAUUUUGGUGAUGAAUCACCAAAGUUACCUGCUUCCCUAGGAAAUCAGGUUGGGCAGCUUUCUCCUAGCAAUUCAGGAUAUGAAAGCUCUAGCAAGUUGAAUUUCGACUUUGGAAAUGCUGAAUUUAAUGAAGCUGAAAUGAAAAAGAUUAUGGCUGAUGAAAGACUUGCUGAGAUUGCAACAUCUGACCCUAAACGUGUCAAAAGGAUUUUGGCUAAUCGCCAAUCAGCUGCCCGCUCUAAGGAGAGAAAGUUGCGCUACAUAUCAGAGUUGGAGCUUAAGGUUCAAACUCUGCAGUCAGAGGCAACCACUUUGUCAGCCCAAGUUAAUAUUAUGCAGAAAGAUCUUGAUGACCUUUCAAGUCAUAAUCAUGAAUUGAAAUUCCGUCUUCAAGCUAUGGAGCAACAAGCACAACUCAGAGAUGCUCUGCACGAGGCACUAACUGCAGAAGUGCAACGUCUAAAGGUUGCAACAGGCGAGCUCAGCGACGAGUGUAGACUAUCAUCGAGUUGUGUGCCCCAGGAAAUUCUUCAGCAUCACAUGUCCCAGAUGCAGCGCCAGCAGCCCGGUCAAGUUCCACAGUUGUCGAUGGCAACAUCUAGGACCGCAUCAACUUAAGCGACGCCUACCUACAUCAGCGCGAGCUCUCAUUUAAACUCUAAAUUUGAUCAUAUCACAUAGGGCUUUCUUGUCUAUACUUAGACUACACGGGAUUUGAACUUAAAAUAUAUCACAGGUUGUCAUGUCUUUGACUCUUUGUCUGAGGUUUUUUUGUACGUGUUUUGUGUCUUAUAUAUACUCUUCAUGUUUGCUAUUUGAUUUCAUGAGGAAUUGUUUGUUUGUCAAUUGGACCAAUUCAUUAUAACUUUGAUUUACGGGAAAAUUCGAUUACUAUUAGACCCA